AUGGUCAUGUAUCGCCUUCUGCUCUCCUCACUGGCGCUGGUAUCCACCUCUUAUGCUUGUGAACGAAACCUCGGUGACUCUCAAAAGUAUACGCACGGCAAAAGACAUGUUGCACGCCAAGGGGAUUUUCCUCCUGUCCUGACCGCGCAAGAGACUACCCUCGUCAAUUCUUUUGACAACAAUACCAUCGACCAAUGGUCCGACUACUACACCCAUAGGAAUAACCUCGCGGGCCUGAGCAAAGAAGCUGCGCAGUGGACUGCGGACAAGUGGUCAGAAUACGGAUUCACGUCACACCUGACGGAAUAUGAGGUGUACCUGAACUAUCCUAUCUCGGCUUCGCUGCAUGUCAACUUCCCCAACGGUACAGUUGAAGAGGUCAAUCUGGUCGAGGACAGCCUGCCUGAAGAUGAGGUGACCAAACGCCCCGACAACACCCCUACGUUCCAUGGAUACUCGGCAUCCGGUAACGUGAGCGCCGAAUAUGUUUACGUCGGAGAAGGCAAACAGGUUGAUUUCGAUCGCUUGAUUGCGCUCGGUAUUCCGCUUGAGGGUAAGAUUGCUCUCGCAAAAUAUGGAGGCCCGUUCCGCGGUCUGAAAGUCAAGAAUGCACAAGCACAAGGCAUGAUUGGGGUAGUACUCUUUACUGAUACUGACGGUGAUGGGGAAAUCACGGUCGCGAAUGGCUAUGAACACUAUCCCAGUUGGUCCCAAAGAAAAUCCACAUCAAAACAUAUGUGUGUACUGACCAGCUAUACAGAUGGUCCAGCAAGACAUCCAAGUGCUGUCCAGAAGGGCUCUGUCUUCUUUCUAUCCACCAGCCCAGGCGACCCCACCACACCGGGCUACCCAUCCAAGAAAGAUGUACCCAGAGCAGAGAUCGAUAAUCUUGUGCCUCAGAUACCAUCUCUUCCCAUCUCAUAUGCCGCAGCUCAACCACUUCUCCAAGCUCUAGAUGGUCACGGAGUCCCUGGACAGGAAGUCAACGGAGUAGGCUGGGUCGGAGCUUUGAAUGCGACUUACAGCACUGGCCCAGCUCCGGGCGUUUCUCUCUCACUCCAUAACCUGAUGGAAGCCAAAAUCGUGACCACUUGGAACGCGAUCGGGUAUAUCAAUGGCACCAACAGCGACGAAACCAUAGUCGUUGGCAAUCAUCGAGAUACAUGGAUGAUCGGCGGUGCUGGCGAUGCUCAAUUAGGCUCGGCCGUUCUCAUUGAAAUGUCAAAGGCCUUUGGGAAAUUGCUCAAAUCUGGCUGGAAGCCAAAGAGAAACAUCGUGUUGGCAUCCUGGGACGCAGAGGAAUAUGGCAUCAUUGGUAGCACCGAGUGGGUAGAGGAAUAUGCGAGCUGGCUGAACGAGACGUCGGUUGCAUACCUAAAUGUCGAUGUUGCUGUCUCUGGACCAUGGCCAACCAUCGCUGCUACCCCGGAACUCCACGAGAUCGCUACGGAGAUCUUCCACAAAGUCAUCCACCCAAACUAUGGGGCCUUCAACAUCAGUUUCUACGACGCCUGGAACACUACAUCGGAAGGAUUCAUUGGCGUUCUUGGGAGCGGAAGUGAUUACACUGCUUUUGUGCACCAUGGGAUCGGCUCGUUCGAUGUGAUGUGUGGUCGAGGCCUAACAGAUCCCAUCUACCACUACCACUCACACUACGAUACCUACAACUGGAUGACCAAGUUCGGCGACCCCGGAUUCCAUGUCCACUCAGCCGUAGGACAAUACCUUACGCUCCUGGCAUAUCACCUUGCCGACGACCAAGUCCUGCCCUUCGAUCUACCCAACUACGGCGCGCAGCUCGAAGCCUACUACGUGUCUCUCAAUGAAACAUUCGCGGCGUACAGCGACGACAUCGACACGUCCGAGUUGUGGGGCGCGAUUCAAGCAUUUCAAGCCCGUGCCAAAGGGGUCAAGGACUUGGAGCAGCAAGCCAUCCUGACCAACAACCCCGACCUGAUCACCGCCGUCAACCACAAGUACCGCGAUUUCCAGCGCGGGUUCGUCUCGCAGGGCGGUCUCCCCGAUCGCGAGUUCUACAAACACGUCGUGGUGGCGCCCGGUAUCGAUACCGGCUACGCGGCAGUCACCUAUCCCGGGAUCACCGAAGCUCUGGACGCUGGGAACCUCACGCGGGCGAGGGAGUGGGUGGGACGGACUUCGAGGGGGAUCUUGCAGGCUGCUGAUAUCCUCAAGACUUGA